AUGUAUUAUAAAAUCCCUGCACAUGCAGAAAUCGAUACUUAUUUAUCUACAAAUCCAAUUUCCGAAUGGCACCUUCUCAAUGUAUAUAUGAAUUCCAAGUUAGAGUCCAACCCACUUAUGACAGCACCAGAUUUAUUUAGGUCCUUUUGUAGAUCACUGACUUUCAUCGAAAAAAACGAGAAUGACAGUUACCCCAAAUAUGUUAUGGAAUAUGCAAAAAAGCUAAGAAUGACUAUGAAGUCAAAAGCAUUGGAUGAUAUAACAAAUAAGAUUAUUCAAAAAUGUAAAAGAGGUGGUAAUGAUAAUGAUGAAAAUGAGUUUGACAAUGAUAGGACUAGGACUUCUGAUAAUGGCGAGAUUGAACCAAUGAUCCAAGAAAAUUGUGAAGAAAUAGAUACUUCUGCAAGAGGACAUAAUAACGACUUCACAGUUUCCUCAUUUGGUGUAGAAGUGAGCUCUAAACAAAUAUUUACAUGGGACUAUGUAAUACAAAAAAUGGAAAUAAAGGAAAAUUCUUUAAAGGAUUGGAUUAAUAAUGAUGGACACAAUUUUUCAGAUGAUUUUUGGCAAUUUCAGAGGUCAAUUAUUGAAAAGCUAAAAAUUGAUCCAGUUUUAAGUUAUGUAACCAAUAUUGAGUCCAUAAUUGCCUUAUCAAGCAUAAUGGUAUUAAGAAAGAACAAAAAACCAACUUAUGUUUUAUGUACUGACAAUGAAUGGCGAAUGGCAUUUCCACACAUUACCUAUAAAUUCAAGAUACCAGCCCUUAUCCAAGUCAUUGUAUGUUCAUAUACGCAGCCUUUAAUGAUGGGUGAUUUGGUUGGAUUUGAAGAAUUGUGGAGGUUGAACUGGAGUAAAGUGUCCUUAUUGGAAGAUCAAAAUGAUAAGAGGAUAUUUGAUUCAAUGCAGAUUAUAACACAUAAUUUCUUUUACAAUUUACCAUAUGGUAAGAAUAAGAAUUUAUCAAACAAAGACACCUAUGUUCACAGAACUUGUCAUGCAAUCUUGGAGGAAAUCUUCCAUGUUGAAACCAUGCAAAUUGUAUGGCAAAUGGAGAGAGUAUCUCAUCUAAAAUCCAAUGCUCAGAAGAUGGCAACCACAGCUUAA